GCAACCAAAGUAGAGAAAAGAGAAGUUCAAUAAGAAGAUGGGGAGGUCUCCCUGUUGCAAUGAGAAUGGCCUCAAAAAAGGACCAUGGACUCCUGAAGAAGACGAAAAGCUUGUUGGUCACAUCAAAAAACAUGGUCAGGGAAGCUGGAGAGCUCUCCCAAAGCUUGCAGGUCUUAAUAGAUGUGGCAAGAGCUGUAGGUUAAGGUGGACAAAUUACUUGAGACCUGAUAUAAAGAGAGGCAAAUUUUCUCAAGAUGAAGAGCAAACGAUUCUACAUCUUCAUUCAAUUCAUGGAAACAAAUGGUCAGCUAUUGCUACCCAUCUACCAGGCCGGACGGACAAUGAAAUUAAGAAUUUCUGGAACACCCAUUUGAAGAAGAAGCUGAUUCAAAUGGGUUUUGAUCCAAUGACCCACCAGCCAAUAACUGACUUCUUUGCUAGCUUGCCUCAGCUCAUGGCCCUCGCUAACCUGAGAGAACCAAUGGAGCAUCAUCCAUUAGAUGAACAUGCCAUAGGAUUGCAAGCAGAAGCUCUACAGUUAGCUAAGCUUCAGUAUUUACAGUGUCUUCUCCAGUCAGCAGCUUCAUUAAUCCCCUCCGCCAACUCUUAUGACCAAAACGGCAUUACAGACCUGGAAGUUCUCAAUCUGUUGAAUUCAAUUCCACCCAUAAAAGAAAACACAGUACUAAAUUCAUCAGAAUUUGAGAAUCAAGGCUCAUAUCACUUUGGAAAUGCUACCUCUCAACUACUCCACCAUCCAAGUUUAUUGUCUGCCCCACAAGUCCCUUUCAGUUAUCAACCAUCUUUGAAUACUGAGAUGGGUCAAGCUCCAUUUUUAACUACAAUUCUCAGCCAGGGAGAUAGAAACCCAUCUGAUUCUUCAUGGGUGCUUCCUUCUCCUACGCUUGCUCCUCAAGCUGCUACCGAGACUUCCAGAAGCAAUCCAGGUGAUGCUAGCAGCAUUUCUUCUAGCUAUGGUGGAGUAACUUCUUGGCCCGAGCUUCUUUUUGAAGGUCCUAUUAUGCAUGAUAUUUCCUAGUUAAUUAUACUGUCUGAUGAGAGGUUUGGAUUUGUAUCACCAUGUUUUUUCUGAUAUUCUAGCCAUCCCAUCUUUUACAUGUACCAUGUAUAAGCACCAGUAGCACAACACGCAUGCAUUUGCAUGUACUCAUGCGUACAAUUGUGCAUGUACAAAAAGACUUGUGUAAAAGCGUAUUAUGUAGAUGUUCUUUUAUAAAACAAAAAAGAAAAUAAACAAAAAUAAAAAACGAUGUCAAUCCGAGUUAUUUAACUAGAAGCAGCAAUUUUAAAAAAAAAUUAAAGUUUAAUUUUUAACUAAUCAAAUGGUGAGGAAUGAAAUUAAAAAGAAAAUAUAUAAAAUAAUAAAAAACAAAAAGCAAUUGUAAGUAAAAAA